AUGGCCUCUCAAGAUCCUCAAGGACAAAUAAACAAAAUCUUUCAGGAUUAUCUCCCGGGUUCUCCAGACCUUCCUAGCCAAAAUAAACCUGUUGAACCUACAAAAGCCUGGAAGCAUGCAUCGCCUCCUCACAGCUUGCCUCCUGGUCUGGAAUACCUGAGCCAGCUGGACCAGAUAAUCAUUCACCAGCAGGUGGAGCUUCUUGAAGUCAUACUUGGUACGGAGACCUGCAGCAAAUAUGAGAUAAAAAACCAUUUGGGACAAAGAGUUUACUUUGCAAUGGAAGAAAAUGGUUGCUUUGAUCGUAACUUCUGUUCACCUAUACGGUCUUUCACCAUAAGGAUUACUGAUAACACCGGUCGAGAGGUGAUCACAGUGAAUAGACCCUUGAGAUGUAACAGCUGCUGGUUCCCUUGCUACAUGCAAGAGUUAGAAGUUCAGUCCCCUCCUGGUACAAUAGUCGGCUAUGUUGUCCAGAACUGGGACCCUCUGCUGCCUAAAUUCACUAUACUGAAUGAGAGCAAAGAAGAUGUAUUGAAAAUAAUUGGCCCCUAUGCAACAAGCAGCUGUUUUGGAGAUGUAGACUUUGAGGUAAAAACUCUUAAUGAAAUGUCAACAAUUGGCAAGAUUUCCAAAUAUUGGUCUGGGUUUGUAAACAAUGUCUUUACCAAUGCUGCUAACUUUGGGAUCCAGGUUCCUGUAGAUCUUGACGUGAAAAUCAAGGCUAUAAUGAUUGGAGCUUGUUUCCUCAUAGUAAGUACACAAAACCAGAGGGAAAAGCCAUCCCAAGCUAGGUAA